AUUUUGGGAAGCUUUGAGCGAUCUGUAGACCUCUAUGUGUAGACCCUGAAACGAGAGUAAGCCGGUCUCUCUUCUUUGGUUGCUACAAGGCGUAUGCCUUAAAAGAACCACAUGGCCAAGCUCAACCGUUUGGUGUCCUCUUCGCGGAGGAAGAACAGGAAAAGGCACUUCAAUGCUCCAUCACACAUUCGGCGAAAGAUCAUGAGCUCGCCGCUGUCGAAGGAUCUUCGGCAGAAAUACAAUGUCCGCAGCAUGCCCAUCAGAAAAGACGAUGAAGUUCAGGUGGUACGUGGACACCACAAGAGCCAGCAGGUGGGCAAAGUGGUGCAGGUGUACCGCAAGAAGUAUGUGAUCUACAUUGAGCGCAUUCAGCGAGAGAAGGCCAACGGUGCGUCUGUCUACGUGGGCAUUCACCCCUCCAAGGUGGUGAUUGUCAAGUUGAAGAUGGACAAGGACCGCAAGAAGAUCCUCGAAAGGCGUGCACGAGGCCGCCAACUCAAGGACAAAGGAAAGGGAAAGCACACAGAGGAGAGUGUGGCCAUGGAAACAUAAAUUGAAAAACCCACCUAUAAGCUGGCUGAAUUGUUUAAUAAAGGGCUUGGCUUGU